UAUUAAAAUUUCCGAGAACUACACAGAACUUUUCAGGAAUCUGACUCCACCGCACUUUCGUAUCGAUGUUCCUAUUUACAAUGAAGUGUGUUGUGUUGAUUCCUGUAUUUCUGAUCCUACAUAUAUUUCUGGGGAUAUCUCGAGCAGAAGACACACGUACAUUUCGCGCUGCCGUGUACGAGCACGCACUGUACCUCCCCCCGGACAGAAAGAUACCUGUAACCAGAGCAACGGCCCUCUCAGCCAUGAUGAGGAAUCUGCGCGUGUACAAGGAACAAACAGAGCUUGCGGCCUCUGAGGGGGCGGACAUCAUUGUGUUUCCAGAGGACGGUGUGUACGGUAUGGGAUUUUCUUGGGAAGGUAUAACUUCCUACAUGGAAUACAUUCCAGAUCCCGGAGAAGUCACGUGGGACGCAUGCGGAGACCCUUUCCGAUAUCCGAAUACAGAGGUUCAGCAUUUUCUUAGCUUUCUCGCCAAGAAUAACACAAUAUAUCUCGUGGCUAACAUUGGGGAUCUACAGCCUUGUGACAACCGUACUGACACGCGCUGCCCGAAAGUCGGUCAUUAUCAGUUUAAUACUGACGUGGUUUAUAACCCGCAAGGACAGCUAGUGGCUAAGUAUCACAAAGUGAAUCUAUUCUAUGAGUCACAAUUCAGUUUUCCCGCCAAAAAAACUCCUGUCAUUUUUGAAACUCCGUUCGGAACCUUCACAGUUUUCACUUGUUUCGAUAUUCUCUUUUAUGACCCAGCUAUGGCGGCCAUAGAACUCAACGGAGUUGGUAACGUAAUAUUCCCAACUGCUUGGAAGGAUGCUCUCCCUUUGUUGUCGUCCAUACAGUUCCACUCUGCCUUCGCGGCGGGACUUGGCAUCAACUUGCUUUCAGCCAAUAUCAAUUUUCCGUCGUACAAUUUUCACGGAAGUGGAAUUUACACACCAGAUGGCGCUUCGACGUUUUACUACAGUGGUGCAUCUAAUGUCGGGAAAUUGAUGAUUUCCGACAUUCCAAUCAUCUUUAAACCGACGUUAAGAAACUCGAACGUAACGUUCGACGUAGCAUUUCCAAGUCCAGCGUUCACGGCGGAUGUUUUUCACGACCCUUUUCAUUUUGUGCCUUUACUGGGUGAUUCGGGGAUGGUAGGGGUGUGUCACAACGGGCUGUGCUGUAGAGCCAACUACUCCCUCCGUACAACCUCUGAUGACGUCAUAGCUUUAGGGGCCUUUCGUGGUCUCCACACAUACGAAGGGGAAUAUGACAUAGAAGUAUGUGUCAUUCUUAAAUGCAAAACAAGUAACUACUCGAGCUGUGGAGAAGCCACAAAGGAAUCGGACAUUUUUCUGACCUAUUUAAAGAUUGAAGGCAAUUUCUCUGUUCCAUAUAUUUUCCCGGAAAUACUGUUGUCGAACAACGGAAGUCUUCAUCUGGGUCCAGUGGGCUCUUGGAAUUACGUUGCGGGUACACUAGAAAGUAAACACGGAUUUGAUUUCCCUGUUUUGUCUACCGGGAUGUUUGCGCGUGUGUAUGGAUCUGAUGUGGCGUUCGUCUGCCCAUGCGCAGUAUUAGUAAUGGUGACGUGUAUUGUAACGAUCAUGUGGACAUCGGUUUGAACGUGAUUCACUGAAAAAUAAUAAUAGAAAAAAAAAACAAAAAAACACUCCGGUGUAUAUAUAUAAAUUCUGUUUAUUUCAAAACAUUUGCGAAACAAGGUAUACCGACUUAUAUCGAUCACGCUUGUUGGCCCGGAUUGAAGCGCGCGAGGGGUCUUACUGUAUGCUAGGAAACAGCACAUUCUCCUCCUCCUCCUCCUAACAA